AUGAGAAUCAGAAGUUUAGACCCAAGACCCACAGACGUAAGCCCGCCACCUUCUUCGGAAGCUGGUGAUGAGGGGUGGUUACCGAGCUGCAUAAGUCUACCUAGGAUUAGGAAAUCACUAAUUUGGUUAAAGCGCCAUUCGUUAUGGGCAGUUUUGUUCGGUUAUUUCCCGUUGUAUGUCAGCAAUACUCUAACCAUCGUGUUCAUAGAGCCUAAAUACACAACCGGGGCACUUGCAACGGUUAGAGAACAUUUACCCUCUCUUGUCGAUAUACUGCUAACUUGGACCAUUGGAAUAUAUGUGGUAUCUGGCUUGACGCUCGCUGUGAUAAAUUGGGUUAGAUGGCGCCAAAGACAGGAACGGAAGUACAUUACGAGAGCUGAAGAUGUAGAUACAUCUCCACAAAAAAUCAGUGAUGUCGGGUUAGUUGGCUUGUUGUCAAGUUACUUAGUGAAGUUAAAUAGAUCAGUGAAGCAUAGUUUGGAGUCUCUUUCCAAGCCUUUUUCAGGUUCUGGACUAGGUCCAAUUGGUUAUGCUGUUAUCUGUUAUGAUUUUGUGUACUUGUGUUGGCUACUGAAAGUAAGAAUGGCAAAUUGCAUGUAG